UCCGCCCGCCCCCGCGCUCCCGCGCAUGCCCGCGUUAUGCAACAGCCCCGCCGGGCGGGCUGCGCCGGGCCCGCCGCCCCAGUGCCGCAGCCGCAGGGCAGGGCAGGGGCGCUCUGAGGGCGGGCGGCACCGGGCCGGCGGCGGCGGCGGCGCGGCGCUCGGGGCACGCUCCCCCGGCGCCCGUGUGCGCGCCCCGCGCUGUGAGUGGCAGCGGCGGCCGCCGCCAAGUCCCGCCUGUUCCGCUAUCCGUGCUGCAGGCGGCGGCGGCGGCGGGUUGGCUUCCUGCGCGCUGUGCCGCUCCCCCUCCCCCCGGCAGUCGGAGCCGCAGCGGCAGCAGCCCGGAUCCCUGAGCCAUGGCUCUGUGAGAGCAGCACAUGGCGGCCGCAGCAGCCAUGAGCCCCCCACUAAUCCAUACAACUCCCCCCUGAACAGCCACCUACCGCAGCCCGCGCUCCCACCCGGCUCCACCGCGCCCACUACCCACCCGCAACCACCGCCACAGCAGCACCGCCCGGCCAGCCCCGGAGCCCGCCGCCGCCUCGGGGCCUCCGCUCGCCCGCCGCCGCCGCCGCCCGUCCUCGCCAUGGGAGUGCAGGGUUUCCAGGACUACAUCGAGAAGCACUGCCCCAGUGCCGUGGUGCCCGUGGAGCUGCAGAAGCUGGCCCGGGGCAGCCUCGUGGGCGGGGGCCGCCAGAGGCCCCCGCAGACCCCGCUGCGCCUCCUCAUCGACGCCGACAACUGCCUGCACCGGCUCUACGGCGGCUUCUACACGGACUGGGUGAGCGGCGGGCAGUGGAACCACAUGCUGGGCUACCUGGCGGCGCUGGCCAAGGCCUGCUUCAACGGCAACAUCGAGCUCUUCGUCUUCUUCAACGGCGCCCUGGAGAAGGCCCGGCUCCACGAGUGGGUGAAGCGCCAGGGCAACGAGCGCCAGACGGCGCAGCAGAUCGUCAGCCACGUCCAGAACAAGGGCACCCCGCCGCCCAAGGUCUGGUUCCUGCCGCCCGUCUGCAUGGCGCACUGCAUCCGCCUGGCCCUCAUCCGCUUCCACAUCAAGGUUGCACAGAGCAUUGAGGAUCAUCAUCAAGAAGUAAUUGCUUUCUGCAGAGAAAAAGGGUUCCAUGGUUUGGUUGCAUAUGAUUCCGAUUAUGCGUUGUGCAACAUCCCUUACUAUUUCAGUGCCCAUGCCCUAAAACUGAGCCGUAAUGGGAAAAGUCUCACAACAAGCCAAUACCUAAUGCAUGAAGUUGCCAAGCAACUGGACCUGAAUCCAAAUCGCUUUCCUAUUUUUGCUGCUCUUUUAGGUAAUCAUAUUCUACCUGAUGAAGAUUUGGCUUCCUUUCAUUGGAGUUUACUUGGUCCAGAACAUCCACUAGCUUCACUUAAGGUACGUGCUCACCAGUUAGUUUUACCACCUUGUGAUGUAGUGAUCAAAGCCGUAGCUGACUACGUCCGUAAUAUUCAGGACACCACUGAUUUGGAUGCCAUAGCAAAAGAUGUUUUCCAACAUUCACAGUCUAGAACAGAUGACAAAGUUACUCGAUUUAAGAGAGCGGUUGCUUAUUACUCAGCAACUAAUAAGCCUAUGCCAUUUCAUCCACCACAUUACCUAGCCAGACCAAAUCAGUUUGGAAUGCCUGGUAUAGUGCCACCAUAUGUUCCUUCUCAGAUGCUUAACAUUCCACAGACCUCACUACAAGCAAAACCUGUGGCCCAGCAGAUGUCCAAUCAGGGUGGUGCCCAAGGUCAGGGUCCAUACCCAUAUAGUCUCUCUGAGCCAGCCAUCACCUUGGAAACAGGUGGAAAAAGUCUUUCUGAGCAGAACAACUACAGUAACAUUCCUCAUGAAGGAAAACAUACACCAUUGUAUGAACGAUCUUCUCCAAUAAACCCAGCUCAGAGUGGGAGCCCUAAUCAUGUGGAUUCAACCUAUUUUCCUGCCUCUUCUACAUCUUCUUCCUCCGACAACGAUGAAGGCAAUGGAGGUGCAGUGAACCAUGUCAGUGGGAACAAAAUAGGCUGGGAAAAAACAGGAACCCAGUCAGAAAGUCAAACACGUGGAGAUCUGGGAGACCAAACAAAGGCAGAAGGUUCCUCUAGUGCUUCUUCAGGAAGUCAGGCAACUGAUGUCAAAGGGAAUCAAGCCAGUAAUCCACAAAUCCCAUGCCUGUUGUCAAUGCCCACCAGAAAUCACAUGGAUAUUACUACCCCUCCAUUACCUCCUGUAGCACCUGAAGUAUUAAGAGUGGCAGAACACAGGCACAAGAAGGGGUUAAUGUAUCCCUACAUCUUUCAUGUCCUAACCAAGGGUGAAAUCAAAAUUGCAGUUUCUAUAGAAGAUGAAGCCAACAAAGACCUGCCUCCUGCUGCUCUGCUUUAUAGGCCAGUUCGUCAGUAUGUUUACGGAGUCCUGUUUAGUUUGGCAGAAAGCAGAAAGAAAACUGAAAGACUUGCUUUUAGAAAGAACAGACUUCCACCAGAAUUUUCACCAGUGAUAAUUAAAGAAUGGGCUGCUUACAAAGGCAAAUCUCCUCAAACCCCUGAACUGGUGGAAGCACUUGCGUUCAGGGAAUGGACCUGUCCUAAUCUGAAGAAGCUGUGGCUGGGAAAAGCAGUAGAAGAUAAGAACCGAAGAAUGAGGGCAUUUUUGGCCUGUAUGAGAUCAGAUACACCAGCAAUGCUCAAUCCAACUAAUGUGCCCACUCAUCUUAUGGUGCUCUGUUGUGUACUAAGGUAUAUGGUACAGUGGCCGGGGGUUCGUAUACUUCGUCGCCAAGAACUUGAUGCUUUUCUUGCCCAAGCAUUGUCUCCAAAGCUCUAUGAGCCUGACCAGCUUCAGGAACUCAAGAUUGAGAAUCUCGAUCCCCGAGGAAUUCAGCUGUCUGCUUUAUUUAUGAGUGGUGUCGAUAUGGCACUUUUUGCAAAUGAUGCUUGCGGACAGCCAAUUCCAUGGGAGCACUGCUGUCCGUGGAUGUAUUUUGAUGGGAAAUUAUUCCAGACCAAGCUCAUCAAAGCAAGCCGGGAGAAAGUUCCUCUCAUUGACCUCUGUGAUGGUCAGGCUGAGCAGGCAGCCAAGGUUGAAAAGAUGCGUCAGAGCAUCCUAGAAGGAUUAAAUUUCUCCAGGCAGAACCAUCCUCUCCCUUUCCCACCUCCACCUGCCAUGCCUUUCUAUCCAGCUUCUAUGUAUCCUCGACACUUUGGGCCAGUCCCACCACCUCAGGGCAGGGGGAGAGGCUUUGCUGGAGUCUAUGGCUUCGGAGGCCCUUAUGGGGAAACAGUAGCAACAGGCGCUUACCGGGCCUUCCGGGUGGCAGCAGCAGCAGGACACUCCGGAGCCUUCUCUGGCAAUGACAGCAACAGGACUAGCAAGUUUCAGGGCGGAGUCCAACCUAUUCCUUCUCAGGGAGGGAAACUUGAAAUUGCCGGCACUGUAGUCGGCCAUUGGGCUGGAAGCAGACGUGGACGAGGGGGUAGAGGGCCAUUUCCUCUGCAGGUCGUUUCUGUUGGAGGACCAGCAAGAGGGCGUCCUAGAGGAGUUAUUUCCACUCCAGUGAUAAGAACUUUUGGAAGAGGUGGAAGGUACUAUGGGAGAGGUUAUAAAAGCCAGGGAGCAAUUCAGGGCAAACCUCCUUAUGCUGCUUCAGCAGAAGAAGUAGCCAAAGAACUUAAGUCAAAAUCAGAGGAAUCUAAAUCCUCAAUUGUGUCUUCAGAUGGAUCCCUGGCUGAAAAUGGAGUUGUGAAUGAGGAAAAACCAGCUUCCCAGAUGAAUGGGAAUACAGGAGACAUCAGGGCUUCCAAUCAGUCUGAAAGUGCCUUGAGUAAUGACUCUAAAAUGUGCAAUACAAAUCCUCACUUAAAUGCACUAAAUGCAGACAGUGUUUGCCAUAAAGAUGAUGCUCUUGAGGCCACUGUCUUAAAAAAAGAAGAGUAAACUUAUUUUUUAUAGAGGGUGAAGGAUGUUGGGAAGGGUCAGGAUUAGGAAUAUCUGGAAAGAAAGAGAGCCUACAGUUACGUACAUUUUUUCCUUUCCGUAAGAGAAAAAUGAGGACUUUGGAAAUUCGGAUCCCUCUUUGAUGUCAGAGAUUUAAACAACACAUUUUUAGUUUUAACCAGUUGUAGUCAAAAUGCUACAAUAAAACAAAAAAGAAAGAGAAUGAAGAGCAUUUGACUCCCGCACUUAAAAUGAAGUAUACAUAAAGUUUAAACUGGUUAUGACAAAAGCUUGUAGUUUUGUUUUUUGAAAUAUAAAGAAAACAAAUUUUGGCAGUCUUUAAGUAUAUAUAGCUUAAAAUAUAAUUUUUAGUACUUGGCACCAUAUGUAUGCCAUUAUAUUUGAUUUUGCAUUACUGUGUCACAAUAAAGCUUUCUUUAAGGCUUUGAUUUCAUGAUUAUGGGGGGAAAAAGGCACAACCACAGUUUUUUCUUUCUUAAAUUUCAUCACCGUUGAUGUGGUUCUUUUGUGUUAAAAUGUGCAAACUAUCGAAACUAAAAAUUAUAGAGUAAUAUUGCAGUUCUGCUGAUUUUAAAUAUACAUCAUACAUACUUUACAAGCAAGUUAAAUGGAGAUAAACUUGAAAUCAUAGAAGAUGCAAAUGACCUUUCAAAAUAAACACAAUGUGUUCUGAAACUUUUUGUGACUAAUACCAUGCAUCCGUGAUCAAUGAACUAUGUGGUUUUGAAUCAGACGUAGACCAUUAGUACUACUAUUUGAGCUAAACUUCUGCAUGGUUCAUAAUUUUUAAAGUGUGUAGUUAAUAUUAUGCAUGUUAUUGUCCUCUUUCUUCCAUUCUUACAAGUACUGUGCCCAUUUGCAAAACAAAAAGCUAAUAAUCAGUAAUAGUCCUAUAAAAGAUGUUAACUAUGUUUAGUCAUUGACUGAUCUUGCUCUAACCUUAAAAUUUUGUGAUUAUUGACCUCUGUUGCAUUUAUUCUAAAACUUAAAAAAAAAAAUUAUCUAGCCGUUUUGAAUAUCAACGUUACCCUGGUGUACUCAUUGCUGUAUGCAUUAUUGUUCUCUGUUGCUGUUUUAUGCCUUCAUAUUAGCAAAUAUGAAAUUCUGUGAAAAACAAAAAAAAAGCUUUGAUCUUCAAAAAAAAAAGUACCCCCCUUCUGUAGCAGGAAACAAAUGGCUUGUUCUUGAGAACUUUCCCAUCAAGAAUUUAGUAUAAGCAAAUAUACCUGUAUCAUUUUGAUGUUUUUGUUAGUGUUUCCAAACUUAAUGUACUUCAAAAUCAGAAUCAUUUCUUUAUAUUCGUUUUCAUAUAAUUCUCCUGAUGCUCUUCAUCACACAUUAGUGAUCAGAAAUGAGGUGUAAUUCCCCAUUCCCUGCCCGCAAGAGCUAAGUAGGUAUCUUAAUGUAAGUUGAAGGGAGUUCUGCCCCAACUCAUGGAUUGUGCAAGAAUGAACUACUGUUGGGUUUGAUUGGUUGUAGAUGGAUUGUGGUGUGGUGUAUUUGAAGGCUAUUGAAUGCAACUUACAGUGCUUAAUAAAAAUCUUUAUUCUUUUAGUAUAAAA